CAUUUUCAACACAAGAGUAAACUAAAACGGGAAAGUUGAAGAAAAGCAGUUGUGUAAUUCUAAAAAUUUGAAUGAUAAUGGAAAGAGUGAUUAAUUAAUUCUACCGAGGAUUUGUUGGAGCUAAACCGGUUUUUUCUUGAGAUCACAAUACUAUAUGAUGCAAUCAAAUUUUUGUGAUUCCUCCUACGCGAGAUCUCCUCAAGCUGAAAACGAUAAAGUCAAGGUCACAGUUUGAACGGCAAAUAGCACUUUGGCAACUAACUUUGUGUCGUCAAAAUGAUAUCUUCUAUCAAGAGUUCAAGUGGGUUGUCAUGAGGGGAACACGGGUUUUGGGACGGCCUUUUGGUCGUUUAGUUCAUUGCCGAUUAGGAAAGAUCAAAGAGUUAUUCAAAGGGAGUAAUUGUCAUAAACCUUGGGAGAGAUGCUUGUUUACUUCGAGCCAAAAUCUGAAGCUGUUUUCUGAUUCGAGCAGGCAACAAGAUUUACGACGAUUUCUAGAGGAGAUUGGUACAGACCCUAAGGAGGCACGCUAUUGGCUGCGGCAGUUUCAGCAGCAUGAAUCUACCCCUGAUCAGCCAUUUGCUGUGGUACAAGUUGACUCUGCAAUAUUAAAUGAUAAAGUUAUGUUAGAAAAGCUUUCAUCAUGUUUGGCAUUCCUUCACCGCAAUGGGAUGCCUGUGAUCAUAGUUCAUGGCUUGGAUCCUCAUUCAGAUACUGAAAACAGGGAUCCCAAGUUGAGAAGAGCUAAGUUGAUUGAAGACAACAUAGAACUUGUUGAUCUUUUGGAAAAACAUGGAAGUAAAGCAAGACCCUUUAUGGGUUCUGGUCAUGUUCUCUCAGCACUGGAGCUUGAUGAACCUGGCAGUGCUUUUAGUGGAAAGAUAUGUGAGGUGGAUGUAAGACCAUUACAGUGGUGUCUAAGAUCUGGACAUAUUCCUGUGUUGACAGCUGUUGGGGAAUCCCCCUCAGGUCAAGUGCUCUGUGUGGAAUCUCAUCAUGCAGCUGUCAGAAUCGCAGAAGAGUUACAGCCAAUGAAAGUCAUGUUUCUGAACACAGCCGGGGGAUUAGUCAAUAGACAAGGAAAUGUGGUUUCAAUUGCAAAACUGCUGAAUACUUUACCUAUGGAUUCAUCUGCUGUUAUCACUAGUGCUGACUCUUUGAUCACUGAAUUAUUCACUCACAAUGGUUCUGGUACUAUGUUUCUGAGAGCAGAAAAAAUUGUCAAACAUCAUUCACUGGAGACUGUUGAUACUGACAGGCUCAAGGAUCUUCUAGUUAAAUCAUUUGAUAAACCUCUGACUCCAGAAUACUUCUCGUCCUUAGAAAAUCGCCUUCACACCUUGUAUGUCACAGAGAGUUACAGUACAGCAGCAGUGAUUACCCUGGAAAAUGGCCUUGAUGACAUUCCAUACAUGGAUAAAUUUACUGUUGGCAGAAACAGUCAGGGUCUUGGAACAAGUGACAACUUGUGGAAGAAAAUAAAGCAGGAUUUUAGCAGCCUAUUUUGGAGAUCUAGAGGAACAAAUCGCAUUAAUCCUUGGUAUUUCAUCAGGUCUGAUGGUAGUUGGACAAAUGGAAUGUGGACUGUAUUCUGGUAUGGAGUAAAUGAUCAUAUCUUGACGCACAAGCUUGUUCAACAUGCAAUUCAGUUACCACCAUCCUUUGAUCCUAUUGCUCCUCAUGAUGAGGCCAGCAACAAGGGAGUUAUUUCUUCCAAUGGAUAUCACAAAUAUCUUUGAUGAAAGAGGCUAUAUACCCUGGAUUAAUAUUUACUCAAAUUAAUAUGUACCUUAUUGACCAAGUGGGGCCAGACAGGAAAAUAUUUUGCUCAAGGUCAUGAUGUAUGGACCCAGUGCAGCGAGGUACAUGCAUGGAGAACAAGAGUCAAACAUUUUUGCAUCCAGCCCAAUCUAACUCAGUCAAGAAGAAUUUUAUCAUAUGAAUGCUGAUUAAGUUUUAGAAAAUUCAAAAUAAUUUUCCUUUAUCUGAAAUAGGAUGCUAUAUACUGGCCUGUGUGGGAAAACCACAAAAAAAAGGAUUUUCUCAUUUCUGUUCACUUCUGUCAAUUGUUUUUUGAUAAUGGUUCGGAUAAAGGGAUAACAACAGCGAACAAUGUCGCCAUACAAAUGCCUGACAGCUUUUUCUGGAUGGGCGCAUAUCAGCUUUCUCUAUGGGAUUGCAGAAGUGGGCCCAGGUCAUUUGACAAUAGUUAAUAUCAUUUAUUUGGCACAAUUAUUAUUUUACUAGUGAUAAAUAAGUUACAUUGAAACAUGUAUCCAGGUAGGAUAUUUUUCACAGUAUGAAGACAAAAGUAUUUAAAAUGGGUUUUCCAAUACAAAUAGCAGUGCAGCCACUGUCUAACCAAUUAAGCAUGACUGAGUAUUUAAAACUUGUAGCUUUAAGAUUUUUGUGGGUUUAAGAGGUUUAGAGCAUAGGAAACUACUGGGAAAUAU